GGCCCCGCUCGGCCUCAGUCGCUGCAGCCGCCAGCUCCCCGCUCCUCUCCGCUCCGCUCGCUCUCGCUCGCUCUCUGCGCCCCGCCGCCCUCCCAGGUCGCCAUGGAAGAGGAGAUCGCCGCACUGGUCAUCGACAAUGGCUCCGGCAUGUGCAAGGCCGGCUUCGCGGGGGACGACGCCCCCCGGGCCGUGUUCCCGUCCAUCGUCGGGCGCCCCCGGCACCAGGGCGUCAUGGUGGGCAUGGGGCAGAAGGACAGCUACGUGGGCGACGAGGCCCAGAGCAAGCGCGGCAUCCUGACCCUCAAGUACCCCAUCGAGCACGGCAUCGUCACCAACUGGGACGACAUGGAGAAGAUCUGGCAUCACACCUUCUACAACGAGCUGCGCGUGGCCCCCGAGGAGCACCCGGUGCUGCUGACCGAGGCCCCCCUGAACCCCAAGGCCAACCGUGAGAAGAUGACCCAGAUCAUGUUCGAGACCUUCAACACCCCCGCCAUGUACGUGGCCAUCCAGGCCGUGCUGUCCCUGUACGCCUCUGGCCGCACCACGGGCAUCGUCAUGGACUCUGGGGACGGGGUCACGCACACCGUGCCCAUCUACGAGGGCUACGCCCUCCCCCACGCCAUCCUGCGUCUGGACCUGGCGGGCCGGGACCUGACCGACUACCUCAUGAAGAUCCUCACGGAGCGUGGCUACAGCUUCACCACCACGGCCGAGCGGGAGAUCGUGCGCGACAUCAAGGAGAAGCUGUGCUACGUCGCCCUGGACUUCGAGCAGGAGAUGGCCACGGCUGCGUCCUCCUCCUCCCUGGAGAAGAGCUACGAGCUGCCCGACGGGCAGGUGAUCACCAUCGGCAACGAGCGGUUCCGGUGUCCAGAGGCGCUCUUCCAGCCCUCCUUCCUGGGCAUGGAGUCCUGCGGCAUCCACGAGACCACCUUCAACUCCAUCAUGAAGUGCGACGUGGACAUCCGGAAGGACCUCUACGCCAACACGGUGCUGUCUGGCGGAACCACCAUGUACCCGGGCAUCGCGGACCGGAUGCAGAAGGAGAUCACGGCCCUGGCCCCCAGCACAAUGAAGAUCAAGAUCAUCGCCCCGCCGGAGCGCAAGUACUCGGUGUGGAUCGGCGGCUCCAUCCUGGCCUCGCUGUCCACCUUCCAGCAGAUGUGGAUCAGCAAACAGGAGUACGACGAGUCGGGCCCCUCCAUCGUCCACCGCAAGUGCUUCUAAGCGGACUGGGCACACGCGUAGCGUCUGCUGCAUGAGUGGAUGAGUCCGUGUGCCCUGCACAGGCACACCUCAUGCCGGCCCCAAACUGGAACGCGCCUUCGAAAAGAAACGUCCUUGAAGCCUGUAUCUGAGCUCAGCACUGGACUGUAGGCCUGGUUGCUGACGUUGACCUGUAUUCAAGUUACCUGUUCCCUUGGUACAUGUUUAACGCCCUGUACAUACCUUUCAUUUAAACCCCUGUACACGCAUCGGUCGGUCACUUGGCGGCCGAGACGAGAACAUGUUUCUGCAGGAGAAACCCAGUGGCCCCAGGAGCCCGCGGGGCCUCGUGUGUGCGGGGCACUGGCCCGUGGGAGCUGCCCUUUCCAGGGGCUCUGAGCUGGGCACGCCCCCUGCACCGUUACCAUUUGCCCUGCCGGCCGACGGGGUGGGGGUGGGAGGGUCCGAGCGAUGGGGCCCACUUUCCUUUCUUAGUUGAUGUUCCUGCCAGAACACCUGGGCUGUUACUUGCCUUGAGUUGGAAAACGGUUUGCAUUUCCACCUGUAAAUCUUCGUCCUUUUAAUUUAUGUAAGGUUUUUGUACGCGAUUCUUGAAGAAAUGACAAAUUUUGGUUUUCUACUGUCACGUGAGAACAUUAGGCCCCAGCAACACGUCAUUGUGAGGAAAAUAAAAGUGCUGCAGUAAAACAUG